AAAGUUUGUCCACGGUGUGCGGAGAUAAAAAAAGAUGAGUUUCAACGCGGAAGAGUACUAUCGGUCGGUUUUUGACGAGCAGCUCGCCUCGACUAUCGAGGAUUUGGAGAAAGAGUCGGAGGAAAAGACGAGCUCGAUGCUUCUCGCGGAGGACAUCGAGGAGAACAGGAGAGCGACCAUAGCCCUGGAAGAGCAGGAAAAGGAGUUGCAGGGGAAGCGAGAAAGAGCCGAAAAGGUGGCAAAAGAAAAGGAGGAACUGAGGCAGUUAAAACGGGAUACUGCUAAGGAGCUGCAAGAAAAUCAGGCCCAAAAGCUGCAAGCCAUCCAACAUGCAAAGGAAGAGGAAGAAAAAAUCGAAAAGCUAGAAAAGAGCAUUGAAGAACUGACGAAACGGUAUGAAGGCCUGCUCGAAGAAAGACAAGAACAGCACCGCGUAGACGGCAGGCCAAACUAA